AUGGUUGCGGCAUUAGAAAAAGACGUGAAUUUCUCUGUUGAGAUGGUUAUCGCUACUGUUGAUUCCGACAACUAUAUUUUCGAGCCAAAUUUAUGUUCGCAGCUGUUGGUAGAAUCAGAUCAGCAUUUUUCUUUUCGUGAACGUCAAUCUUUAUCAAAUGAUAUUUCAUCUGUUCCCGAAAAUGAAAGGCAAAAAUUUGAUCAUUCACAUGGAGUUGCACUUAAAAUAAUUGAUCACAUUCAAAAACUGCCUUCUUUAUGUGAUACGAAUAGUUCAAGUAUUGAAUGCAAUGCAAAAAAGGAACUGAAAAUGGUAGAAGAAAGUGGACCUCAGCGAAUGUUGGAAAAGCGUAAAAUCCAAAAAGUUGAAGCUGAAGAACAAAAUGAAUACCCUGAAAGUCCAUCUCCACCACCAACUAAAGAAUCUCAUAUCGAUUAA